AUGACAUUAUCCGGCGAAUACAUCACCCUCCGAGCCCGCUGCCAUUGCGAGGCCUACGAGCUCACGGCUAUUCUACCAUCCUCGUCCUUUCCUCUGACGGCCUUUUGCUGCCAUUGCACCUCAUGUCGGCAUAAUCUUGGCACGCUCGCAUUCACAUGUGUCGAGUGGCCGGAUGCGGAGAUCGACUUGUCCAAGCUCAGACGCUACGUGUUCUCACCCAAUGUCGACAUCUUUUCGUGCCAGACAUGCUCGUCGCAGCUUUUUUGCUUGGGAUCAACCACGGGAAACAAGCCCCAUGUGCUGACGGGGGCUAUUCAGAACACGGAAAAGGGGCUGUUGAGAUACGGGGAGCAUAUCUUCGUGGGGGAUGCGGUUGAUGGUGGGUGUUCAAUGUGGCUUCGGAGGGACGUGGAUGGGAGGGUCUUGAAGAGGUCAGUCGCGCGGACCGGAACAAGUGAAGAGCUCCCGUUCGCAUGGCCGGAAGCAAAAGCUAGAGAUGCGUCUGAAGAUAGGGCAUCUCCUGAGUUCACGCCACUGUGGUGUCGUUGCAAGGGAGUCAAUCUGCUUUUAAAAUCUGGAUCUGAUGUCACCUGGGAUCUAGGUGAGAAACCACCUCGUUACAUAGAUCCGCGAAACAAGAAGUACGUCACCCACAUCGAUGCUUGUAACUCUUGUCGAACUAUUACAGGGAGCGAUCUUGUAUAUUGGGCCUUUGCUGGCGUGGACCACCUCUAUGACCCGAGCCGGGGCAAUCGGUUAUUUAGCACCAUCACAGAUUUGGAAGAGGCAGUCGAUCGCGGGGACAAGAGAAUAGGCACUCUUCAGAGGUACAAUAGUUCGCCAGGGGUUAACCGCUACUCUUGUGCUUUCUGUGCAGCGACGAUCUUUUACACACAGCAAGACCUUCCACAACAAGUGGAUAUUGCAGUCGGCGUUCUUGAUCACCCCAGUGGACCAAGGGCGGAAGGCCUGCUUUCUUGGGCUUACAAUGAGAUACAUUGGAUUUCAGAUACAAGGGGUGGUUGGAGGGAGUCUCUUUGUAUGGCUGCAUUGGAUGGAAUCAAAGAGUGGCGGUCGAAUCUUCUCCAAGAGGAGUGA